AUGAACCCCUCUGUUGUGGCUGCCCACAAGAGGAUUGGACUUCUCCAAAAGUUCAACAAGUGGCAAGGGAAAGCCAUGAGAAGAUGCAAAAGUCCAUGGACAAGAUGGAGUAGAUCACUCCUCACCACCCAAGGAGGCUCCCUGCCCAAGAGCCUCACAGAGCCUCUUCUUUCGAGCCAAGGGAAGGAGAGACAACACGCAGAGAAGGAGGAAGAGUUCCAAGACGCUCCAGCUCCAACUCGAUCGAGUCCAAACAGAGGAAACUCGAUCGAGCUGAGGGUCGAGUUGACCUGGAGGAGCCCCUGUUUGAGAACCCUGGGUUCGAGUACGAUCAACCCAGUACCAGGACUUCUCUCAGACCUGGACCCCUACAACCUUCGAGCGAGCACAACUCCACCAAGGCCAAGGAAGCCACACCACUUUAAGAUGAAGAAGAGAGAGGAAGAGCCACAAGCUCGAUCGAGUGAGCCGAAGAGGCAACCCAGUUGA